AAACAUAUGGCUAGGAGUUGGGUAAACCUCGUACUGUAAGAAACAAAUCACAGAGAGAGAGAGAGAGAGAGAGAGAGAGAAAUGGAAGAACAGCAGGGAGUGUUGACACAUGUACUGCUUGCCAAGUUCAAAGAAGGAACACCACCGGACCAGAUUGACCAACUCAUCAAGGGCUUCGCCAACCUCGUCAAUCUCACUGAACCCAUGAAGUCCUUCCACUGGGGCAAGGAUAUAAGCAUUGAAAACCUGCAUCAGGGCUUCACUCAUGUGUUUGAAUCUUCCUUUGAGAGUGCAGAAGGGCUUGCAGAGUAUAUAGCUCAUCCUGCCCAUAUUGAAUUUGCAAACUUGUUCCUUCCCCACUUGGAGAAAUUCGUUGUGAUUGACUACAAACCCACCAUUGUUCGUAUCUGAAUUGAUAUGGCAGGGCAUCGCACUAUCUCAGAUCCUGCUAUGCUGCCUUUCGAUGAAACUAUGGUAUGCAUAAGGUUUAAAACCAGUUCUAUCUCAUUGAAAGGCAUUGAUGAACUCUUCCAUUGUGUUAUAUCUUAGUAAUGCCCCUGGGAAAUGCCAUUGUUUAAUAUGAAAUAAGAAUCAAUGGACUCCUUGUAUA